CUUUUUGUAAACCCUGCGAUUCGAUUUCGAACAUUGUUCGAAAAGCGUCUCACUGUCAGUUUUGCGAAUGACAUUUCUUUGGAGUAGUUUUCCAUUUUCUUUCUGCUGAACCGCUGUGAUUCUUGUACGAGUGCUUGGAAGAGAGUUCCAUCUUUGUGUGUUAUUUUCGAGGGAACUGUAAAUCGCAAAAAAAUCCAUCAAAAUGUCCGACCCAGUCGCACGUCCGAUGAAAUUCCCGUACACCUUCUCGGCCCAGAUUGCUCAGUUCCCGUUCCAGCACUAUUUCAAGAAUCAGUGGAUCUGGCGCUACUAUUUCAUCGCGUUCGGUGUGUCCAUUCCGCUGUUCUACAAAAUCAGCAAAUUGGCCAACUCCCCCGGAAAUGUUGCCAAAUGGGCCGAAUCGAAGCGCAAGGAACACGCUGAACAUCAUUAGGAAUGAAGAAUAAAAAAUUGGAAAAUAUCUACAGCAUAAAUGCCAUCAUGCUACCCGUAAUGGAUUAGGAUAGAAGAUAUUUAACUCCGUAAACAACCAUUGAAGAGCUACAAUACAUGUUGGAAAUGAAACUGUA